UUUAAAAUAUACUCGAAACUUAACAAUUUUUUAGCGGAAUCUUGUAAUUUCUCUAAACUCUGAAUAACAACAAACAUCAAGAUGACAUACAUUGUAACAGAAAUAGCCAUGGAAAUGAUGGGCCUUAAGUUCUAUGACAUGGACGGUGAUUUUUGUGAAUUUAAUUUUCAAGGUGAGGAUAAUAAAUGCAAAGACAAAUCAAAUUUGAUUCUGGAACUUGGGUUAAAGCGUGAUGCACAAGGUAGGCUUGUGAAUGACUCUGAUAACGAUGACGAACAGCCAACCAAUUCAAAUCAUGGAAAAAAACAAACCCAGGCUGCCAGCAAAUCUGUCAAGCCCACUACAAAAUCCGACGCUGAAAAUAUUAAGAAAUUACAAGCAGGCGUUGGAAAAAUGAGCAAAGAAACAUCGCCUUUACAGAUUCCAACUGAAAAAGUUGCUCCUGGAGUGAAGCAACCAAAAGUCGCUUCACAGGGCGCAAUUACUAAAGUUACACCUGGCAAUGUCAAAGUCAUUAAUGAUUCUAACGGUGGUAUAGAUGUUCAAAUAAUUACAAAAAAGUUUCCAAUACCUGCUUCGACAAGUUUGAUUAAAAAAGAUGCUGUUGGCAAUGUAAAAGUCGGUAAUACAAACGUACAGAAAACUGAAGUGAAGCCACCAACAGCCGCUUCACAAGGUGCAGUUAAAGUUGCUCCUGGUAGUCUUAAAGUCGCUAAUAGUUCCAACGACAAUGUGAAUGUUCAAAAAAUUACAGAACAGCUACCAAUAACCGCUUCAAUAGAUGUUUGUAAUAAUUUUGAAGUGAAGCGGCCAAACAUUUUUGUCACUAAAGAAAAAAGUGUUACCAACGCAAUAAGCGAACUAUUAUAA